AUGCAGCCAGCGGUCGCGCGCAGCGAGACUUGGCGCCGGAAGGAGAGCACAACACGGCGCCAGCUGAGCAAGAGAGGCAGAGGAGAUGGAGAUACCUCUGCUGCUGCUGCUGCUGCUGGGGAGUUUGUGCGUCUGGCGGCGGUCAUUGACGACUGCGCGGCGUUCAACCCCAAGCAGUGGCGGCAUGUGCUGGACAAGUCGGCUACAGUGCUGCGCCAAGGAGGACAAGCUUCCAGUAACUUAAGCAAUGAGAGGAGGAUGGUGGAGAGAACAGAGAAGAAGACUUCAAUAAAGCGCCCAUUGUCGAGAGAGGAGGAGGAGGAGUAUACGCUGGUGGAUGGACUGGGGGUCUUCCCGACGCUCUCUGUGACGCAGUAUUUGAACCAGCCAGACAUGGUGAAGGACAUUUUAAGAGAAGCUGAAGGGGCGAUGACGAUGGGGCAGCAACAGAGUGAAGAGGGCGUGAUUGUGGAGGAGGAGGAGGUUGUUGUGGUGGAUCCAGAGAUACAG